AUGUCUUCCAAUACAGUAGUAUCCACGAGAUUUAUGAUCAUCAGCGACACUCACAACUUCCACUUCGGACAGGCCGAAAAGGUAAAUGGCCCUCUCCGCUUGCCAACUCCGCGAUGUGAUGUCCUGCUCCACUGCGGAGAUUUGACCUCCGUCGGCGGUCCACUCAAAUACAAGAAGCUGCUAAACAUGUUGGGGUCGAUCGAGGCGGAAUUGAAGCUUGUCAUUGCUGGGAAUCACGAUUUGGAUUUGGACAAAAAAUACUGGGAGAGGAAACUCGAAUCUGAUACAGACGAAGAAACUCGUUCACAAGCUGAAGACGCUAUCGAGAUCAUGACAGGUCCAUUAGCCAAGGAAGCAGGCGUCACCUAUCUUGUCGAGGGUGUCAAUACAUUCACACUCAGUAAUGGCGCCAAGUUCAAGAUUUACACAUCUCCGUAUCAGCCUGAGUUUUGCGAUUGGGCUUUCCCUUACGAGCGGAAUGAGGACCGGUUCAACCCACCCGAGCAUGUCGCUCCAAAUGUUGAGUGUAUCACCGAGAACCCGAUUCCAGAUUUCCCAGGAGUCGAUAUCAUGAUGACCCAUGGCCCACCAAAAGGCAUCCUGGAUUUGACUGCUGAUGGCAACGUUGGAUGUGAGGCACUACUCCGCGCUGUCAGCCGCGCUCGUCCCUUGCUUUAUUGCUUCGGCCAUAUUCAUGAAGCCUAUGGUGCCCAUAUCGUCAAAUGGAAGGAUAACGACAAGGCCUUCGGGAAGGAAGCGAUCGAAGAUCAGAGUAACCUACCGAAUAGUUAUCCGGAAAAGAGCAGCUCUUCGAUCAAAUAUGGCAAGGAGACUCUCAUGGUAAAUGCUGCGAUUAUGGACUUGAGCUACAGACCAAGAAACGCUCCUUGGCUGUUUGACCUGUACCUUCCUCGGACGGAAUGA